GUGCUGUGGAGGGCGCUGGGCUCGAACAUGUAUGGCGCCACUGGAGGGGAGGAUAUUAUCCGCGAGAUGAACCUCAGGUUCGCACUCGCCGACUACAGGGUGUGGUGGCAACGGGAGGAUGUGGAGUUGAGCUACAGGCUGGUCACGCUCACCAUGGCCAUGUUGGGAGCAGAACACAUACGAAAGCUUAAGACAAAAGCUGCAAAAACAUGGGUCCUCGUGCGAUUGGCAACUACCUUCUGUGAGAAGCACCUCGGCAGGUUCGAGGGAGCUGACGUCCUGGGGGCAGCAGGGCAGGCGCUGCUGUCUUAUACGGAUCUGUUACGCCCACAUGGUCGCAGGAUUCCAUGGGAUGGGCGCCAGUCGUUGCUUGAUCUUUGCUUGAGGCACAUGUUUCUGCUGGGCCAGGUCGGGUCCCCCGAGACCCCGAAGAGCCAUUUGUUUGCUCGCCUCACCCAGGGAAUCCCCAACUGGGGGGACCCCAAAUACGAUUCUACAUUGCUGGACGAGAGCCUCAACUUGACGAUGGCUGUUAUAGCGUCCGUGUGCCACAGACUCACGUGGGAAAUAUCGAUGUUCGACUGCAUGCGCCUCAUACCGCAUCUAGUCCGGAAUGGUGCGUGGGUUGUGAGUUGA